CAACCAAUCACAACUACAAUGAAGUUUAUCGUGUGCUUCAGUCUACUGGUGCUAGUGGUCUACUCAAGCCAGGCACAUCCUGUGGCCGAGGAGCAGCUCGUGGAGCAGGAUCAGCCCCUAGCAGAGGUCCAGGAGGUGGGAGUGGCAGAAGCAGCUGAGCCCGAGUUGCAUUCACGUCAAAAGCGUGCCACCUGCGAUCUGUUGAGCAAAUGGAAUGUGAAUCACACAGCCUGUGCUGCCCAUUGUCUCGCCAAGCGCUUCAAGGGCGGCUAUUGCAAUAACAAGGCAAUUUGCGUCUGCCGCCGCUAGAGGACGCCAGGCAGAUGAAUGUUGAAUAAAGAACAAAUACAUUAAACAUAGAGCAUAAAUAAAAUGUUAAACUUGACGCGUUUAGUAGUA